AUGAAAAAUUAUAUAUCGGAAAAAUUGAUAUAUAGAUUAUAAUUAGUAUCACUUAUAGAGGUAAACAACAGUACCAACAGAUACUUCAUCAGUAAAAUGUCAAGUAACAGUUCAAACAAAUUUAACUAUUUCACCUGUAAUUAUUUCAAAAUAAUGUGAAUGAUUAGAUAUAACGAAACUAAUUAAUUUGUUCGUCUUUGAAAGUUUCUUAAGAAAUGAAAUAAGAAACAAGUUAGAAUUAACAAUGCAAAUUAUCCUUAAGAUAUGAAUAGAUUCACUUAUUAAUGUGUUACAGAAACUGUUUUUGCAUUUCUAAAAAAUACAAGUUCUCUAUAAUAAGUAACUAAAAUAAGAUUUGAUUUUAAGGUUGGGUGCAUUAGAUUAUAGCAAUAGUAGUCGUAUAUUUAAAACUCCUUAGAGAGGCAAUUCUCCUGGAAUAGUUUCUAAAGAUAUAGGGGUAAUCAUCAUUAUUAAGGAACUUUAAAGGACAAUACAUAUAUUAUAAAAGAAGAUACUGAAUAGAAAAUAAAUAUAAAAUAAAAAAUUAGAAAUAUUUAAGAAAUAUCUUAAAAACGACUUUUAUUCAAUUAAUUGAGAGUAAAGUUAAAAUAGGAGCAAAAAGAUUGA